CCCCCCACCCCCGCACCGCGCAAGCGCUCGGGAUCGUGUGGGAAUGGUCGGUCCGCGAACUGGGGGUUGGACCGCUCCGAGCGAAACAGAGCAAAAGAGUUUUAAAUGUCCGCCAUGUUGUCCAUGGCGCACUGAACCAACGAUAGGGAGCGGAGCGUCGGAAAAAAACAGUCCGAGAGAGAGCGACCAAGAUCCGGGCCUUCCCCCGGCUCCGUUGGCGACGCCCUAAAUACAAGCUACAACCAUUCGAACGUUAGAAUAGAGAUAACCGCACAGAAACAUCCAUGAAAGCUCCACUCGGUACCGUUUUGAAUAUUAGGAGAUCCGAUAGAUUUAUAUUGCAUCUCGAAUUGUGAAAAAUGAGUAAAUUGUCGUUUCGGGCACGGGCGUUGGACGCUUCCAAGCCGCUACCCGUCUUCCGUUGUGAGGAUUUACCCGACCUACACGAAUAUGCAUCAAUUAACCGGGCCGUGCCGCAGAUGCCUACGGGGAUGGAGAAAGAAGAGGAAUCGGAACAUCAUCUUCAGCGGGCCAUCUCGGCACAGCAGGUGUAUGGCGAGAAGCGGGACAACAUGGUCAUCCCGGUUCCCGAGGCAGAGAGCAACAUCACCUACUACGAAUCCCUCUACCCUGGGGAGUUCAAGAUGCCAAAGCAGCUAAUUCACAUACAGCCUUUCAGCUUGGACACAGAGCAGCCCGACUACGACCUGGACUUGGAAGACGAUGCGUUUGUCAACAAGCUGAAAAAGAAGAUGGAGAUCAGCUUCCUCCAAUUUGAGGAGAUGAUUGACCGGCUGGAGAAAGGCAGUGGACAGCAGGUUGGCACUCCGGUGAGCCUUUCGGAGGCCAAACUGCUGCUGAAGGAGGACGAUGAGCUCAUCAAGGAGGUCUUCGACUACUGGAGCCGCAAGAGGAAAAACAGCCGGGCCAACUGUCUGAUCCCCACCGUCAAGCAGGAGAAACGGGACGGCUCCAGCACCAGUGACCCCUACGUGGCCUUCCGACGGCGCACCGAGAAGAUGCAAACCAGGAAGAACCGUAAGAAUGACGAGGCGUCCUACGAGAAGAUGCUGAAGCUCCGCAGGGAUCUGAGCCGAGCCGUCACCAUCCUGGAGAUGAUCAAAAGGAGGGAGAAGAGCAAGAGAGAGCUGCUGCACCUCACACUGGAGAUCUUUGAGAAGAGAAACGUCAUGUCAGACUAUGGUGGUGAGGUGAUGGCAGAGGUGUUGGCUGAGCGGGCGCUGGUGAGGCCGCAGAUCAUUCCCCUGGUCCCGGUCACCAACCAGUACCACCUGGAUCCCAAGGACUACAAGUCCAAGCCCGAGAAGACAGAAGUUCCCCGACAGAAGAGGAAGUAUGAGAAGAAGCAGAAGGCGGUGCCUCUGUCGUCGGGCGCCCCCCACCAUCCGGGUCCCGUUGUCUUCAAUGCCAAGGACCUCAACCAGUAUGACUUCCCCAGCUCGGAUGACGAGCCCUUCUCCCAGCUACACUCAGGCUCAUCAGAAGCAGAGGAGGAGAACGACCCAGAUGGUGCCUACGCCUUUCGCAGGAAGGCAGGCUGUCAGUACUACGCUGCUCGUCAGGACCGUGUGGGUAGCUGGCCAUGGUGCGGUCCCUGGGAUGGCGGUUUAGCAGAAGCUCGCUUUCGCUACAGUCUCACCACGCUCACCGUGCCGCGGCGCUGCCUCGGCAUGGCUCGACGACGCGUGGGACGAGGCGGCAGGGUGCUGCUGGACAGGGCACACACGGACUAUGACAGCGUUUUCCACGGACUGGAUCCCGAAAUGCUCAACCUGCCUCUCCCCACCUCUUCUUCUCCUCCUCCUACAACUACUUCACGCUCGCCGGCCACCGACAAGUUUGCCAGUACCUCAGAAACAAAUACCUCGGACAGAAGUUCCUCCUCCUUCAACUCCUCCCUUUCCUCUACAUCUCCCUCUUCCACGGACCUCAGUCAGAUACUGUUUAAUAUAAAGUUGUGCCGGUGGAGGCACUUUAGACCACGGACACUACCACUACAUGAACUGGACCACGCCCACCCGCUAUUCAGGAAGUUGAGUCGAAGCCUGAAGCGGCCCGUCUCCGCCUCCACAGCUGGGGGACAGCCCUUUGGCUCUCAGCGCCCGCUGAGGGUUGUCCCCGCACCCGCACCCACUGCUGCUUUCACAGCCGAACAGUACCAGCAGCAUCAGGAGCAGCUGGCCCUGAUGCAGAAACAGCAGCUGGAGCAGAUCCAGCUGCAACAGCAAGCCAACAGCACCGCCACUACAAACAGCACAAAGAGCCUAGCGAAUACGUUGGACCAGGCCAGCGCCCAGUUCGCCGCCUCGGCCCUGGUCACCGCUGACAAACUGCUGGCUCUAAAAACCAAGGAGGAGCUGGCCCUGGGAGGUGGAGUCAACGGCAUCCUCUCCCCCUCAGGUGUCUACAAGGGCUUGCACCUCUCGAGCACAGCGUCUCCUUCCCCCGCUGCCCCGGCUCCACCCACCUCUGCCCCGACCCCUGCCUUGCUCCACCCCUGCACCACCACCAGCUCCACCUUGGCCACCAGUAACAACAACAACGGCACCACCCACCCUGCCAACACCCCCACCCCCACCACUACCGCCGCCGCCACUCAGGUCCUGCUGGGAAACAACAGCCUCCGUCUGGGCGUCCCACCCGGCAAGCGUGUCCACGCCCCCCGGACGCUGAGCACCGCCAUGUCAACAUCCGCCUUAAAGCUUGCCCACGUGGCCGCCGCAACCGCCAACUGUCAGAAACCCAAGGUCACUACGGCAACGGCCUCGGCGCUGGACAUAGUGCCCAGGGAGAACCACGAACAAGACAAGCCAGCACUGAACAGUCUAUCAGAGAACACAGUGGCCAUGGAGGUUACGUAGCCUCCCAUCGGCAGCACGGCCCCCAGCGUUCAAACUCCUUUUUGAUGUUUUUUUUUUUUUUUUUAGGUGCUAUGCAUCAUUCGUUAGUGGUGAAAGCAAAUUGGUGGCGGAAUGAGCACGGCAAGGCUGGGUUUCCAUGGCAACUGUUUUGGGACUUAAUUGCAAUGCUCGUCUCGUACAAUUCUUUUUCUCUCCCCUCAUUUCCCUAUUUGUUACCGUUAAUAAGAGAUCAUCUGUAAAUUCUUAAUAUGGCAAUUAUAUGUACAGUACUGCAUAUUUGUAAUACCUCCCCACCCGCCCCCCCCCC